CUACCAGCAGUGCGCUGGUGGUGAUCGAGCUCUUUUGCCCCAGUAGCCUACAGUUAGUUCCUAUGAUAACGUAAGCUACUAAGGGGCGCUUGGACGAACCACCACUAGGGAAAAAAUUACUCGUGGGUGAAAUCCUGGAAAGGUACGCGGGAUUUUUUUCUGUUUAUCCGCACAGUUACUCUUGUUCUUUUUUUUUUUUAUCUUUGUAUUUGGUUAAUUCGAAUCCUACAAGAGCGUGGGCUUUACCAUGCCUCGAGAAAGGCAAAAACGAGGCCGGAGAGCGGAGGCCAAACGAAAGCGCGAUGAUGAAGUAGGAGACCGCACAGCGCCAAAACGACAGAAAGCCUCGGAAGGCGACAAUGACUUUAAUCCUUUGCAUAGCCAAGCAAAAAUUGGAGAUGACUAUAUUCCACUUGAGGAGGAGCCGGCGAGCUCCAUGGACACGCCAUUCUACGGCCUUCUCGACCCGGACGAACAGGAAUACUUCUCCCACGCAAGUGGGCUCCUCGAACUUAACCAGUUUGAGACCGAGGAAGAAAAGAGCAUUUUCAUAGAAAGAGUUUAUGAGGAGGCCGACGGGAAGGAAUUAAAAAUUGCCUGCAGCCAGUCAUGUUCGAGGUUAAUGGAAAAAUUAAUAUCGGCCUCUACUGUUAGUCAGAUAAAAUCCUUGUUUAACAAAUUUGUCGGCCAAUUCCUCAAUCUCGUCCAACAUCGAUUCGCGAGCCACUGUUGCGAGAGCUUGUUCCUUCGAGCUGCACCAUAUGUGACGCUGGAAAUGAAGAAAAAAUCUGCCGAGAAGAACGACAAUGAGGGCGAAGAUUCAAGCGCGAAUUUACGACUCGAGGAUUUAUUCCUGGCUGUACUUUCUGAGCUGGAGGGAAACUGGGGCUAUUUGUUAACCGAAAGGUUCGCAUCGCAUACAAUAAGGGUACUUCUGUUGAUACUAGCUGGCGAGCAACUAGACAACCCGUCUAAAGCAACCGUCAUCGCGAGUCGCAAAAAGGAGAACUUGGAUAAACCCAAAGUGACACAACGCGAUAAGUCGGCGUCAGAUAGGCGAGCUGUUCCGCCCUCAUUCAACGCUGCCUUGGAGAAAAUGAUGAAUGAUUUGGUUACUGGACUUGAUAAUACCUAUCUACGAGCACUGGCGACCCAUCCUGUUGGAAAUCCCGUUCUACAGGUCCUCCUCUCAGUCGAGCUCACCCAUUUGGGGAAAUCAAAAGCUAGGGAUCCAGACUCGGUUUUUCGAAGACUUGUCCCGGAUGAGAACCUGGAAGAGGGCAGUGAGAGUGCGGCAUUCAUAAAGGGCCUCUUUUAUGACCCCGUUGGUUCGCGGUUAUUGGAAACAAUGGUACAAUUAGCUCCGGGAAAGUUUUUCAAGACAUUCUACAAGGCCCUUGUGCAGGAACGCAUUGGAUCGCUAUCAAGGAACGAAAUCGCAGGACAUGUAGUAGCUCGGAUUUUGGAAAGACUGAGCAAAGAAGAUCUGAAGAGCUCCAUGGACUUGAUUUUGCCGGAAGUUCUGUCCUUGGUGAAACGCUCAAGGUUUACCGUUAUUAAAACGUUGAUUGAGCGAGGGGUCAUCCGUGGUGUAGACCUAAGGCCGCUAGCAGAUUCUCUUUUGUUGGCCUUUGGCACAGACCCUAUCGCAAGGAUUAAUAACGUCCUAAAACUCCAUCACCUCAACGAAGAAAACGACGAUACAAAGCGGUCCUCUAAAAACUCGACUCCAGAACAGUUACAUGGUUCUCUUCUUGCCCAGACCAUGCUUAAGGCUCCCGGGCCCCUCAGCGAACUAAUACAAUCAAGUCUUCUCGCAGUUACGCUGGAGACUUUAAUAGCAAUUGCUAAGGACCCAGUUGCAUCCCACGUCCUUCAGGACGCAUUAACGCUCCCAACUUCUACUAUUCAGUUCCGCCGUCAAAUAACCUCGAGAUUUUCAGGAAAGAUGGCUGAACUCGCUCUGGAUUCGAGCGGAUCGCAUGUUGUCGAUGCUGUCUGGUCGGCGACGGAGAAUUUAAUUUUUAUCAAACAGCGAUUCGCCGAAGAGCUCCUGGCAAACGAACGACCCCUUCGUGACUCAUUUGUCGGACGAGCUGUAUGGAAGAAUUGGUCAAUGGAUUUAUACAAAAGGAGGAGAGGCCACUGGAUUGCAGUAGCUAAAGGCCUAGAGAGCGUAAAUCCGAGUAACUCCGAGAACCGACAGCCUCCGAAAUCAAACCUUGAUUUAGCGAGAGCUCGAUUUGCUGAAAAGUCAAACACCAGCACACCGAAAAAGAUAACUGCAACGUUCUAAAAAACCCGAGAAAAAUGUUACUCCGGACUGCAGUCACGUGUCCAAUAUUCUAGAUAAUUACAAAUCAUCUACGCAGUAGUUGCCCGGUUAUACGCAGAAGGGCCUGUUCUGGUGCAUUGCAUGGUGCAGUACAUGUAUGUACAAUACAUGUAUGUACAGUACAGAGUACAUGUAGAGAGGAUUAAAGUUUUGAUUAGUGCUAAGAAUUUAAGCUGUAAUACUGUUGUUAUCUUUUCAUUCUCAAGCCCCUGGAAUUUUACACUAGCUUUAGUUAAGCUGUAGCUGGUUAUUCAGGUGCCAGAGACAUUAAUCUCUCUUAAAACUCUGAUUAAAAGAGGGGAUGAAAAUACUUUAUAGUAAUAAAGUUACACCUUAAAUUCUCUGUACACAGUCAGUGACAGUCACAUAUUUCAGUCAAAAAUACACAUAUUCAGUAAAAUAUACAUUAAUUCAAUAAUUG